AUGGCACCAAACCAGUCUCUUAUAUUGUCCAAAAACCCGACUGGUUUCCCGAUUCCCGGUGAAGAUCUGACGGUGAAGACCGAGGAGAUAGAUCUUGAUGACGAAUUGGACGAUGGGAGUGUGUUACUCAAGACUCUUUAUUUGAGCUAUGAUCCGUUUAUGCGCGGUCGCAUGAAGCCCGCUGGGAACAAAUCCUACGUCUCCGGAUACCCACUAGGCUCAACACUCUCAAACGCAGGUCUUCUCCAGGUCGUUAAAUCUUCUAACCCGUCCUAUCAUCCUGGUGAUCUAGUCCUAGGAAAUGCCGCCUUCAGUACCUAUCAAAUCGUGGAUUCAUCCCGUCUUAACAUAUCUCCCUACGCCGGAGGGUUUCAAAUACUUGAAAAUCCGUUAGGUCUAGAUCCGAAACUGUUCUUGGGGGCGCUGGGCAUGAGUGGAUUGACUGCUUAUUCAAGUUUCUAUGAGAUUGGAAAACCGAAGAAGGGAGACGUUAUUUUUAUUAGUGCGGCCAGUGGUGCUGUCGGCCAAAUCGUUGGGCAGCUUGCGAAGCGUGAGGGGCUGAGAGUGUUGGGCUCUGUUGGAAGUCAAGAGAAAUUGGAUUUCAUUACGAAAGAACUGGGGUUUGAUGCAGGGUUCAACUACAGGACCGAGGGUGUUACCGAGGGGUUAGAGAGGGUAUUGGAGGAAACUGGUGGUGGUGGGUUGAACAUCUACUAUGACAAUGUAGGAGGAGAACACCUAGAUGUAGCGAUAGUUCACAUGGAAAAUUUCGGCAGAAUAGUCCAAUGCGGGAGCAUCUCUCAAACUUCACUCGACCCCUCAAAAGUCUACCGUCUCGGAAAUAUGCCACAAGUAGUCGCCAGACGACUUACAAUUCGAGGAUUCAUUGUUUUCGAUCCUGAUUUCGGACCAAAGUACAGGGACGAGCAUCAACAGAAUCUUGGUAAAUGGAUCAAGGACCGGGAGAUUAAGGUAUUGAUGGAUGUUACUAGUGGCAUGGAGGACGCGGCUGAGGGGUUCGUCAGAAUGUUGCAAGGUAGGAACUAUGGCAAGGCGGUGCUGAAGCUUGGUGACGUCUAG